CACUGUAGACUCAAAUACGCAAUUGCGAACUUCGUGUCAACAAAAACAAAUAAAAGAACAUUAUACAAACAUCAAAUGAACAUUUGUGUACAUUUUUAUUUCAAUUGUGUGUUAUGACAAAUUAAUACGUGCCAGGAUUGUUCCACAAAUUUUAAACCAUGGAAUCUGUUACUACAAGGGUGAACGAUGAGAGACGAAAAAGGGUGUAUGUUGGUGAUUUACCCAAAGACUUCUUACGCCUAGACUUGGUUUCAUUAGAUGAUUCUACUAAUAGAUUGCAACAAAAAGCUGCAGACCAGCAAGCUGCCAUGGCUCUACAACAAGCAUUAUCUUGUGUGCAAGGAGACCAUGAAAUAAAUAGAUUAAACAUUACAAAAGUACUAGUGCAGCUUGUCAAAAAAUAUGGAUUAACCAGAAUGGAUCCAUAUGUAUGGCUUAGAAUUGGACAUUGUGUAUAUGAAACACUAACAGAUCCUAAUGGUGGUAAACCCCCUAAGUGGCAUAAAACUGUAAUUCAAAUUAGUGCUAAUUUAUUUUGAAUGUAUUAAAAAAGA